AUGCCACGCAAGAUCUUAAUUGGUUUUGGAGUCGACGCAGACGCUGCUUCUGGAUGGAUUGGGUCCUUGGGCGCAGAGAAUUCUCCAGUAGAUGUAUCUAGGGGUAUAUAUGCUGGCGAAGUGGGUAUCCCUCGCCUUCUGAGGUUAUUCGCCAAGUAUAAUAUCAAGACUACUUGGUUCAUUCCCGGACACAGUUUGGAGACAUUCCCGGAACAAAUGGCAGCGGUCAGAGAUGCGGGGCACGAGAUCGGGUUACAUGGCUACCUCCAUGAGCGACAGUCUAAGUUGACCGUCGAGCAGCAGAAGGAUGUCUUGGAUCGCGCAUAUGAUGUCCUGACAAAGUUCAACAACGGUGUCCCACCAAAGGGGAGCUGUGCUCCAUGCUGGGACACUGCUCGUGACAGCGCUCAGUUGCUGGUCGAAAAGGGGAUCGAAUACGGUCACUCGCAAGCCUACUACUUACGAAUCGGCGAUGAUUGGACGAAGAUCGAUUACCAGGCGAAGGCAGAGACAUGGAUGAAACCUCUCGUUCGAGGGACUGAUACAGGUUUGGUUGAGAUCCCUGCUAACUGGUACCUCGAUGACUGGCCGCCUCUGAUAUUCGUCCGUAGUGCUGGGAACUCUAGUGGCUGGGUCAAUACACGAGACGUCGAGCAGCUGUGGAAGGAUAUGUUCACCUAUCUCUACAGGGGAGAGAACUUCAUAUUUCCCAUCACUAUCCAUCCAGACGUCAGUGGCCGGCCACACGUACUCAUGAUGCUUGAACGCUUCAUUGAUUGGGUCAACACUCACGAUGACGUGCAGUGGGUUCGCAUGAUCGACAUGGCUAACGAAUUCCGCGGUCGAGUUUCGCCGGCUGCCAACGCCAUAAUGCCUCAGGGACUAGCAACUUAG